UGCGUUGCAACGUUAAGAAAUUAAAAUUGGGUAUACAGGCAAUUUGUGUCGUACUUCAAAACAUAACAAAACAGUAAUUUGUAAACUUUUUUGAGGUAAUUUACAGAAUUAUCUAAGAAAAAUGUAAUUAAGAAUGAUCUUCUCACUCGUACUUAAAUCACGUAUUUUUCAUACACCUGUACAAUCUUUAUCAUUUUACGGAUAUAAAUCGUCGAAGAGGAAAAUAUUUUUAGGCAAUAUGCAUUUACACGAUUAUGUAGAAAAGCGAUACGACGAUAUAACUAAAUCGCCAAAUGAUAAAGAAGAGUACAGAGGUCUGUUGCUCACUAAUAAAAUGAAAGUUUUACUUAUUAGUAAUCCGACGACCGAUGAAAGUGCCGCGUCCUUGGAUGUGAAUAUUGGUUAUUUAAACGAUCCGGAUGAUUUACCCGGAUUGGCACAUUUUUGCGAACAUAUGUUGUUUUUGGGAACAAAGGCAUAUCCAGAGAAAAAUGAAUAUAAAAUGUUCCUAUCGCAAAACAGUGGUUUGUCCAACGCAUCGACGCAUAUGGAUCAUACUACUUACUACUUCCAUAUACGUCCUGAUAAAUUGAAGGAUGGAUUAUAUCGUUUCGCUCAGUUUUUCAUCGAACCGCUUUUCACAGAAAGUGCGACCGAAUUAGAGUUAAAUGCUAUUCAUUUGGAACAUGUAAAAAAUGCAACCAGCGACGUAUGGCGUAUAGGUCAGGUGGAAAAAUCAUCCGCGGAAUCGAAUCAUCCUUUUAGGAAAUUUGGCAAUGGAAAUAAGGAAACGUUAGACGUAAUACCAAAAGCGAAGGGCAUAAAUACCAGAGAAAAGUUACUCGAGUUUUAUGACAAGUAUUAUUCGGCCAACAUUAUGUCAUUAUGUAUAUAUGGAAAAGAGAGUCUAGAUGAACUUGAAAAAAUGGCGGUAGAGUUCUUUUCUGAAGUAAAAAAUAAGGAAGUCGAUCUACCCGUUUGGCUAGAACAUCCCUUUAACGAAGAGCAUUUUCGAACGAAAUGGUAUAUUGUUCCAAUAAAAGACACGAGGCAUUUGAAUAUUACAUUUCCAUUACCCGAUUUGCGAGAACAUUACAAAGCUGCACCUGAAUAUUAUAUUUUAUAUUUACUCGGACACGAAGGAGAGGGAUCGUUGCUGUCUUUUUUGAAAUCGAAAGGAUGGUGUAAUUUACUUGUGUCGAGCAAACGAUUAGGCGCCAGAGGUUUUUGUUUCUUUAAUUUAAUUGUUGAUUUGACGGAAGAAGGUAUUCAGCAUGUAGACGAUAUCAUUCUACUGAUUUUCCAAUAUAUUAACAUGUUAAAGAAACAUGGACCAGUUGAAUGGAUCUACAAUGAAUACAGAGACAUCGCGAACAUGAACUUUCGAUUCAAAGAAAAAUAUUCACCCACUGCGUACGUCACUAAUUUGGUAACAAAUUUACAAGACUAUGAAAUGGAAGAAGUGUUGGUGGGGGAAUAUCUUAUUCCAUUAUGGAAACCUGAUUUAAUCAAAGAGGUAUUGGAAUAUUUGACACCGGAGAACAUCAGGAUCAAUGUAAGUGGAAAAAUGUACAAAAGUAUUGCCAAUGAAACAGAGAAAUGGUACGGUACCAAGUUCAAGAAAGAAAAAAUACCGCAAGACGUAAUCAACAGUUGGAUGAACGCUGGUUACAAUCCGGAACUUAAACUGCCAAUAAAAAAUGAGUUUGUACCUGAAAAAUUCGAUAUUAAAUCAGCAGAAAAUAAUAUAACUAAAUUCCCAACGAUUAUCGAGGAUACUCCAUUGUUAAGAUUGUGGUUUAAACAAGACGAUGAAUUUCUUGUACCUAAGGCUAAGAUGAUUAUAGAUUUUGUCAGCCCGCUAACAUAUAUGGAUCCUCUCAGUUAUAACUUAAGUUAUAUGUUCGUACAAUUAUUUCGCGAUGCCCUAAACGAGUAUACAUAUUACGCUGACUUGGCUGAACUUUCAUGGGCAGUUAUUAGCAAUAAAUAUGGAAUAACAAUAGAAAUCUGUGGUUACGAUAACAAGCAAUACGUUUUACUGAAUAAAAUUUUGGACAAAAUGAUGAAUUUUGAGAUCGAUCCAAAAAGGUUCGAGGUUUUAAAAGAAAAUUAUACGAGAAGCUUGAAGAAUUUUGAAGCCGAACAACUGUACAUGCAUGCAGUCUAUUAUCUCGCUGUUUUAUUAUCGGUACAAGUUUGGACGAAGCACGAACUAUUAAAGGCAAUUUCUCAAUUAACGAUCGAGGGGCUUCGACAGUUCAUACCGCAAUUUUUAAGCAAAGUGCACAUCGAAUGUUUAAUUCACGGUAACGUGACAAUGUCGGAAGCACUUGAGACAGCCAAGUUAAUAGAAACAAAGCUAACGAGCACAGUCCCUCAGUCGAUACCGCUCUUGUCGAGGCAGCUAAUUUUGAAUCGUGAAAUCAGGCUAGAGGAUGGUUGUCAUUUUUUGUUCGAAGUCGACAAUACGUUACAUCACAAUUCCUGUACAGGAGUCUAUUAUCAAACCGGUUUACAAUCCACGCAAUCGAACAUGUUGAUAGAACUUGUGGCACAGAUCAUCUCGGAACCAUGUUAUUCUACUUUAAGGACCAAAGAACAAUUGGGAUACGUCGUGUUCAGCGGAGUUCAAAAAAUGACAGCGGCAGAAGGAUUAAGAGUGCUAAUUCAGAGCGACAAACAUCCUAAAUACGUUGAAGAAAGAAUCGAUAUAUUUUUGGAGACCAUGUUGCAUCACAUAACGAAUAUGACGGAAGAAGAGCUCGACAGACACAAAGAGUCAUUGGCAACGAAAAUCCUUCAAAAACCUAAAACGUUGACUAAAUUGUGCAACGUCUUUUGGGUGGAAAUUUCAUCGCAACAGUAUAGCUUUGAUCGGCCGAACAUUGAAGCCGCGUAUUUACGAACGAUAACGUUGGAACAAAUAUCGGACUUUUACAAGAAAAUAAUUCAAAGGGAUACGCAACAUAAAUUAUCGAUACACGUAAUUUCUACAGCAGACGAUUCAGAUUCAGAAUCAUCGAAGAAAGAUGUAAUUGAAUCGAACGAGGAUACUCAGCCGUCUGAUACAGUGAACGAAGUUCAAUAUAAAAAGAUCGAUGACAUUAUGGCAUUCAAAAUUAGUCAGUCUUUGUAUCCGCUGGUAAAGCCACCGAAUAAUAUACCGAGGAAGGGAGCUCAUUCGUCGAAAUUAUGAAUUACGUGAGAUAUAUCUUCGGGAAUGUAUCUGUAAAUUGUAAUGAAUUUUAACUGAAUAAAAAUACUUUUAACGUAUUUUAUUAUAUAAUGCACUGUUUGAAUAAAUUCUCACUGCUAAUAGUGACUCUUCGUCGCAGACACUUUUCAUGUAUCUACCAAGAGAAUUAUCACUUUCGACAACUGUUUGUAAUUAAUAAAUCGCAUGAAAAUUAUUAGGGACUAAAUGUUAAUAAGCGACAAUUCCCUUAGUCAGCA